AAAAACGUUGGUUCCGGGGUUGGGGACCACAAUAACAGUUGCGCAAAUGUUUGUACUGAGUGGAACAAUUCAUCGAGACGUAAUUUAAGUGUAGAUUUCAAUCAGCUGUUGUGUUUUGACUACAAAAGCCUCAUCACCAUGUCUGGGGGUCCAGCCGUGAGGAUUAGCAUCGAAUCUUCCUGUGAAAAGCAAGUGCAGGAGGUCGCUUUAGAUGGGACAGAAACAUACGUACCUCCUCUGUCCAUGUCCCAAAACCUGGCAAAACUAGCACAAAGAAUUGAUUUCAGCCAGGGGUCCGAUUCUGAGGAGGACGGGGCGGAGGGGGAGAGCAGGGACCGAGAGUGGAGCAAGCAGGAGCCAGAGGAAGAGGAAGGGGCGGUGAAGUUUCAGCCGUCUCUUUGGCCCUGGGACUCGGUGCGUAACAAUCUGCGCAGCGCUCUCACGGAGAUGUGUGUUCUCCACGAUGUGCUCAGUGUGGUGAAGGAGAAGAAGUACAUGGCUUUAGACCCGGUGUCUCAUGAUCCCUCUGCUGUUAAGACACCGCAGGUGUUUCAGCUCAUCAGUAAGAAGAAGUCUCUGGGCACAGCAGCUCAGAUUCUCCUGAAAGGAGCCGAGAGGCUCAGUAAGUCCGUUGCGGAGAACCAAGAGAACCGGCGGCAGCGUGACUUUAACUCAGAGCUGCUUCGACUUCGCUCGCAGUGGAAACUGCGCAAAGUUGGCGACAAAAUCCUGGGAGACCUGAGCUACCGGAGCGCCGGUUCACUUUUUCCUCAUCAUGGCACAUUUGAAGUGAUUAAAAACACUGACAUUCAUCUGGACAAGAAGAUCCCAGAGGAUUACUGCCCUCUGGAUGUCCAGAUCCCAAGUGACCUGGAAGGAUCAGCUUAUAUCAAGGUAUCCAUCCAGAAACAAGCUCCUGACAUCGGAGAUCUAGGAACCGUAAAUCUGUUCAGGAGACUCCAAAAGAACAAAUCUGGUACGCAGCCGUGGCACGUCAAACUGGAGGCGGCGCAGAACGUUCUGCUCUGUAAGGAGAUCUUUGCUCAGCUGUCCAGAGAAGCGGUCCAGAUCAAAUCACAGAUCCCUCACAUUGUUGUGAAGAACCAGAUCAUCUCGCAGCCGUUUCCAGGCCUGCAGCUCUCCAUCUCACUGUGCCACUCCACGGGAGACAAGAAAAACAGCCGCUCCUCCCCAGAGAAACCCAAACCAGACGACCAUCUUUAUGUGCUGGAGCACAACCUACAUCAAAUGAUGAGAGAGUUCCACAAGCAGCAGCUGAGCUCUGUGGUCAUGCCGCAUCCCGCCACCGCCCCGUUCGGCCACAAACGCAUGCGCCUGGCAGGGCCACUGGCCUACGACAAGGCCGAGAUCUCCAGCCUGCAGCACAACGAAGGUUUACUGGAGAAGAUCAUCCGACAGGCUAAACACAUAUUCCUGCGCAGCAGGACCGCACGCACCAUCGACAGUUUGGCAAGUCGGAUCGAAGACCCUCAGAUCCAGGCCCACUGGUCCAACAUCAACGACGUGUACGAGUCCAGCGUGAAGGUUCUCAUCACCUCACAGGGUUACGAGCAGAUCUGCAAAUCCAUCCAGCUGCAGCUCAACAUCGGGGUGAAGCAGAUCCGGGUGGUGCACAGAGACGGGCGCGUCAUCACGCUCUCACACCAGGAGCAGGAGCUGCAGGACUUCCUCCUCUCACAGAUGUCGCAGCAUCAGGUUCACGCAGUGCAGCAGCUGGCCAAAGUGAUGGGCUGGCACGUCCUCAGCUUCAGUAACCACGUCGGCCUCGGUCCAGUCGAGAGCAUUGGAAACGCAUCCGCCAUCACGGUCGCUUCUCCCAACGGAGAGUUCGCCAUUUCAGUGCGCAACGGGCCGGAGAGCGGCUGCAAGGUUCUGGUCCAGUUCCCCCGCAGCCAGUCCAAAGAGCUGCCCAAAAGCGACGUGAUCCAGGACUCCAAGUGGAGCCACCUCAGAGGACCACACAAGGAGGUGCACUGGAGCAAGAUGGAGGGACGCAACUUCGUCUACAAGAUGGAGCUCCUCAUGGCCGCGCUGACUCCGUGUCCAUAAAAACAUCGCAGAAAAAAAACGUUUCUGUGCAGAUCUGUAAACGGCUCGUUUUGAACACUUCAUAAAGUUCUGCUGAGACUGA